GCUCCCGGCCGGGGAAUGGGGGCGGCGGGGCUGGCUGCUCACCCAGCAAGCGGGCCAGGCGGGGGUAGGCCCGGCCGGAGGCGGGCUGCGGACGCGAGCGCGGCUUGCCGGGAAAGGGGCGGGGCGGAGGGUGGCCCGCCGCGGGGGGGCGGGGUCGCGUCUGCCGCAGCAACAGGGUGCGGCCGAGUGAGGGGCGCGAGCGUCGGCCGGGCUGGCUGGAAGGCUGUCCCCUCCACCCCCGCGACCGCCGCUCCGCUCGCAGACCCGCUGCGCGCCCCGGCUGGGCCGCCGCCCGCGUGCGGGCAGCUUCAACCUGAGCCAUGUUUUUUACCUGUGGCCCAAAUGAGGCUAUGGUGGUCUCCGCCCUGCCUCUGCCACUGCGGUUUACUGCCCCCGCACCUUGCAGGUUUCUGCCGAAGCCCCCCAGUCAUGGUGGCUGGAGGACGUGUCUUUGUCCUGCCCUGCAUCCAGCAAAUCCAGAGGAUCUCUCUCAACACACUGACCCUCAAUGUCAAGAGUGAAAAGGUUUACACUCGCCAUGGGGUCCCCAUCUCAGUCACUGGCAUUGCCCAGGUGAAAAUCCAGGGGCAGAACAAGGAGAUGUUGGCGGCUGCCUGCCAGAUGUUCCUGGGGAAGACGGAGGCUGAGAUUGCCCACAUUGCACUGGAGACUCUGGAGGGCCACCAGAGGGCUAUCAUGGCUCACAUGACUGUGGAGGAAAUCUAUAAGGACAGGCAGAAAUUCUCAGAGCAAGUUUUCAAAGUGGCCUCCUCAGACCUGGUCAACAUGGGCAUCAGUGUGGUUAGCUACACCCUGAAGGACAUUCAUGAUGAUCAGGACUAUUUGCACUCCUUAGGGAAGGCUAGAACAGCUCAAGUCCAAAAAGAUGCUCGGAUUGGGGAAGCAGAAGCCAAAAGAGACGCUGGGAUCCGGGAAGCCAAAGCUAAGCAGGAAAAAGUGUCUGCUCAGUACCUGAGUGAGAUCGAGAUGGCCAAGGCGCAGAGAGACUAUGAGCUAAAGAAGGCUGCAUAUGACAUCGAGGUCAACACCCGCCGAGCACAGGCUGACCUGGCCUAUCAACUUCAGGUGGCCAAAACUAAGCAGCAGAUCGAGGAGCAGCGGGUACAGGUGCAGGUGGUGGAGCGGGCCCAGCAGGUGGCAGUGCAGGAACAGGAGAUCGCCCGACGAGAGAAGGAGCUGGAGGCCCGAGUUCGGAAGCCCGCGGAAGCUGAGCGCUACAAGCUGGAGCGCCUAGCUGAGGCAGAGAAGUCCCAGCUGAUUAUGCAGGCUGAGGCAGAAGCUGAGUCUGUGAGGAUGCGUGGGGAGGCCGAGGCCUUUGCCAUAGGGGCUCGAGCCCGGGCUGAGGCUGAGCAGAUGGCCAAGAAGGCAGAAGCAUUCCAGCUGUACCAGGAGGCUGCUCAGCUGGACAUGCUGCUGGAGAAGCUGCCCCAGGUAGCAGAGGAGAUCAGUGGUCCCUUGACCUCAGCCAAUAAGAUCACACUGGUGUCCAGUGGAGGUGGGACCAUGGGGGCAGCCAAGGUGACUGGGGAAGUACUGGACAUCCUGAGCCGCCUGCCAGAGAGCGUGGAGAGACUCACAGGCAUCAGCAUCUCCCAGGUUAACCACAAGCCUUUGCGAACAGCUUGAGCCAACCGUUGCCAAUGCCUAGCCUCAUGGUUGCCACAAUGGUCCCCAUACUGCAUGCAGAGCUGGCUUCCCUGAGCAUGCCCCUGACAGUGGGGUUUCAUCCCUCAUCUCCUUGCCAAAUAGUCUUGUGGCUUGCCUUGGAGGGGAAGGGUUACUCUUCCCAACCCCACACUGCCAAGACUACCAGUCCCCCAGGGGUUCCAUGCCAGCCUUCGGAUUAUCCUACUCACCCCCAAUUUAACUUCCUAAUUAGACUGUGUGUACCUUUGUCUUGAAUUUUCCUGACCAAAACUGAGGGAUGGCCUGGAGGUUCUCAACUUUGUCAAAUCAACUGCUGUUAAAAGGUAGUAAUGCUGAUUAACUUAAUAAAGCAGAACUUAUUCAAAAUGAA